AUGGCCAGUGGUCCCAAGCUCACAUUUAACCCCGAUCUGAUUAUGUCGAUCGACCCCUGGUUGGAACCAAACCUGCCAGCAUUGUCAGAGCGUCGUGGUCACUUUGAUCAUGUCAAACACGACAUUCUGUCCAGCGAGGGUAGCUACGACUCGUUCACCAAGGGAUACAAGAGGUUCGGCCUCAAUGUUCAAAGUGAUAACUCGGUCACCUAUACCGAGUGGGCUCCCAAUGCGGUCGAGGCCUCCCUCAUUGGCGAUUUCAAUAAUUGGGAUCGCGGCUCUCACAAAAUGACUAAGGAUCAGUAUGGGGUUUGGAACCUCACCAUUCCCAGCAACAAUGGAGCUUGUCCGAUCCCUCACGAUUCAAAAGUUAAAAUUUCCAUGGUCCUUCCUCAUGGUGAACGUAUUGAGCGUUUGCCCGCAUGGAUUACGCGCGUCACUCAAGACCUUUCUGUCUCACCUAUAUACGAUGCUCGGUUCUGGAAUCCUCCUGCCGAGCAAGCAUAUAAAUUCAAACACCCCCGCCCACCAAAAGUUACUUCAGCCCGUAUCUACGAGGCCCAUGUUGGCAUUUCGAGUCCUGAGCCUCGGGUCGCUACCUACAAAGAAUUUACCGUCAAUACUCUGCCGCGUAUCAAGAAUUUGGGAUACAAUGUUAUCCAGCUGAUGGCAGUCAUGGAGCAUGCCUACUAUGCAUCUUUCGGUUAUCAAGUAACCAGCUUCUUCGCUGCUAGCUCACGCUACGGAACACCUGAUGAGCUGAAAGAAUUAAUUGAUACCGCUCACUCUAUGGGGAUCACUGUUCUAUUGGAUGUAGUACAUUCACAUGCCUGCAAGAACGUCCUCGAUGGAAUCAAUCAGUUCGACGGAACCGAUCACCUGUACUUCCAUGGAGGAGGUCGCGGCUAUCAUGAUUUAUGGGACAGCCGUCUAUUCAACUACUCUCAUCAUGAGGUUCUUCGUUUCUUGCUUUCUAAUCUCCGUUUCUGGAUGGAAGAGUAUCAGUUCGACGGCUUCCGAUUCGACGGUGUAACGAGCAUGAUGUACGUCCACCAUGGUAUCGGAACCGGUUUCUCUGGUGGAUAUCAUGAGUAUUUUGGUCCUGGUGCCGAUAACGAGGCGAUUGUCUACUUGAUGAUUGCCAACGAUAUGCUCCACCAAUUGUACCCUGAGGUUAUCACUAUCGCAGAAGAUGUAUCAGGCAUGCCUUUACUCUGCGUUCCCAUUGAGAAAGGCGGUAUGGGUUUCGAUUACCGCCUCGCCAUGGCUGUCCCCGAUAUGUGGAUCAAGCUUCUCAAAGAAAAGAGUGACGAUCAAUGGGAUGUCAACGACAUCGUGCAUACUUUGACCAACCGACGAUACCGCGAGAAGACUGUCUCGUACGCCGAAAGCCACGAUCAAGCACUUGUCGGUGACAAGACUCUUGCAUUCUGGUUGAUGGAUAAGGAAAUGUACGACUUCAUGUCUGAUCUCACCCCGAUGACACCCAUCAUCGAACGUGGUCUAUCACUGCACAAGAUGAUCCGCUUACUCUCACACACGUUGGGUGGUGAAGGGUACUUGAACUUCGAGGGUAACGAAUUUGGUCAUCCCGAGUGGCUUGAUUUCCCCCGCGAGGGGAAUGGUAAUUCGUUCUGGUAUGCCCGACGCCAGUUCAACGUUGUCGAUGAUGCACUCCUCCGCUACAAGUACCUCAACAACUUCGACUCGGCGAUGAACCACACCGAGGAAAAGUAUGGAUGGAUUAACUCUGAACCCGCUUACGUCUCGCUCAAGAACCAGGACGACAAGGUCAUCGUCUUUGAACGUAAUGGCCUCGUGUUCGCAUUCAACUUCCACCCCACCCAAUCGUUUGCGGAUUACCGAAUUGGUGUUGAGGUCGAAGGAAGAUACCGUCCCGUACUCACUACAGAUGAGAAGCGAUUUGCGGGACAAGACCGUAUCGACUACAACACUGAUCACUUUACGACGCCUUUGGGAUGGAACAAUCGCAGGAACUGGAUGCAUAUUUACCUCCCUUCGCGCACCGCUAUCGUCUUUGCCAAGCAAGAUUAA